UCUGACUUGACCAACCAGCGAUCAGCAAAACAGCAGUGUUUCGGCAGAGUUCCGAAGAAACGUCAUACAUUUUGUUAUCGUUUGAUCCAAUUUAUCUGACAACAAUAGAAUUUCCAGAUGGUAUCAAAAUUGAGAACAUAAUUGUACACAAAUGAACUUGUUGUGAAGUGCCAGUGUGUUUUGUGGAUUUAUGUGAUGCUCAUUAUGUAAAUACUUUCUCUUUUAUCGCCUAUUCGCCUGACUGACCGUGUUGCGACAUCAAAAAUGAGUCGUUAUACAAACAGAGUGUUAUAUUCAACAGUCUCGAACAGUUCUAAUGAUGAUGAAGGAUGUAUGUUGUUGAAUACUACGCAGAAUGUGAUAAUAACUGGCGCGUAUAACGGUAUUCCGCAGACUUUAAUACUUAACUUGGUGUCAUGGUCGUGCCUCAUAGUUUUGUUCACCGUACUGCGGCGUACAGCUUGGAAUUAUGGGCGAAUGGCACUGGUACAGCGCACUAAAAGUCGGUGGACGAAUUUGUUUUACCGAGGCGGAGAUGGUGACGCCUUAGUUAACAGAAGACGCAGCGCUGAUGAGUCUCUAAACAUAGACGAAGGAUUUUUCACAUGGCUGCCUGCUGUAUUUCGCCUUACUCGAGAGCAGGUACUAGCGAAAUGUGGCCCUGACGCUGUACACUACCUGUCCUUCCAAAGACAUUCAAUCACAUUAAUGUUCAUUGUCACACUAAUAUCUAUUGGUUUGAUAUUGCCUAUAAACUUCCAAGGAAAAAAUUUGAAUGUUGAUUCCAGCACUUUUAGUCGGACCACUCUGUCUAAUCUUAAUGGAAGAUCAAGUUGGUUGUGGGUACAUACCUUAAUAAGCAUCUCAUUCUUACCUAUAUCUGUUUUAAUAAUGAGGAGAUGCACUGGGCGUAAACCAGUGCCAACAUCUAUGACUGGCACAAUAAUGAUUACAAACAUUUCAAAGGCAGACAGAAAUGAGGCUACAAUAAGAGCUUACUUUGCUCACAACUUUCCUCACAUCCAAAUUGUGGAUUUGCGGCUGGCAUAUAAUAUCAAUAUGUUGAAUGAAGUGCAGGAGAAGAAGGAGAUGGUGACUGAAGCUCUUAUCUACACUGACUCAUACUUCAAGAAAACUGGGAAGCGUAUCACUGUGAAACCUACAUGGUGUGGACCUGAAGUGGACGCUCUGGAGUUCUACACUAAUGAAGAAAAGCGCCUGAAGGAUGAAGCUAAGAGAUGCAGAGCUAUGGUACUCAAUGAUCCCCUAGGCAUUGCUUUUCUCACUCUACCUUCCUAUCAGCUAGCUGAACAUGUGAUUAACAACUUUACUCUGCAUCGUGGAUGGGUUUUGACCCAUGCUACAAAUCCUUCUGACAUUAUUUGGGAAAAUAUGAGUGUCCAACCAGGUGUAUGGUACCUUAAGGCUAUUGUAGUUAACUUUUUCUUAUUUAUUGUGCUAUUCUUUUUGACAACUCCAGCCAUUAUUGUUAACCUUUUCAAUACAAUGGUGGCCAAACCUGAAACUCUUGGUAAAGUCAGUACUGUAAUUUUCGAGUUUCUUCCCACUCUACUUCUUUGGACCAUGGCUGCUGUCAUGCCUGCUAUUGUUGCUUUCUCUGAUAAAUUCUUGUCACACUGGACCAAGUCACAGCAAAACUACUCCAUUAUGACUAAAACUGUUUCUUUCCUAUUGCUGAUGACCUUAAUACUUCCCUCAUUGGGUCUAGCUAGUGCUGAAGCCUUUGUCACAUGGACGAUUAAUCACGAAAAUGACACUAUGCGUUGGGACUGCGUAUUCUUGCCUGAUAAGGGCGCGUUCUUUGUUAACUACGUCAUAACUUCGGGCUUAAUUGGAACAGCGUUAGAGUUGAUUCGCUUCCCAGAAUUGUUUCUUUAUGUAUGGUAUUUGUUACAAUCUAAAUCAAAGGCUGAAAAGAGCUACGUAAAGAGGGCCAUCCUCUAUGAAUUUCCCUUCGGAGUCCAUUACGCUUGGAGCAUAGCGAUUUUCUCAAUCACAAUGGUGUACAGUCUCGCAUGUCCUUUGAUCUCACCUUUCGGCUUACUGUACAUGAUGUUAAAACAUGUGGGCGACAAACAUAAUCUGUAUUUCGCAUACGGUCCGUGCGAUAUGAGUGGCGUCGGAGGUGGGAGGAUCCACGCGACGGCCGUGCGGCUUAUCCGAGUGUCUGUGCUACUGCUGCUCGUUAACAUGGCCGCGUGGGCUGGUCUGAGGGCAGGCUUCGAAGCCAGAACUAUCAUUCUGAUAAUGGCAUCCAUUGUAGCGUUCGGAACGUUCUUAUUGCUGAGUCCGUUCCCAAGCUGCACGCCCCCGGCUCCUCUACAGGAGGAGUCCAGUAUUAGGUUCCCGGAAUACGUGGCCCCCGCGCUGACUAAGCCCAUCGAUUCCCCUCAUAGCACGACUCCUACGACCCCGGAUUACGGAGCUUCGUCGCCAGUAACGACUCAUUCCUACAGUCCCGAUCCAAUCAAUAUAUAAAUAUUUUUUAGCCAAUUUCUUUAAUGUAUCAACUAAUUGUGUUUCCUCGCGUUUCGCUCAUAUCUUGAGAUAAUCGAAAUCGUGGAAGUAAUGGAUGGAUAUCGUUAUUUGCGAUAAGUAUCGGAGGAUUAGAGUUUUAUAUCGAUGUAAAUAACCAAUGCAAUAUUUUUAUAUAUGAACUAGCUAUAGUGGUCGUCGGCUGAAAUCUUAUGUUCGGAUCUUAAUUUUAGUGGUCACGUAUUGGUUCGUCACGUGUUUGUUGCCGACUCUUGAACUCGCACUGUUUAUUGCUGCAUAUGAUCACCAUUAUCAUGAUAACCGUUUUUCAUAUAUAUAUAAUAAACUCACACGUAAUACAAGCUGUGUAUCGUGGUUAGGUCCAUUGUAAUAUAAGGCUGGAGUUUAUUGUAAUUCUAGUAUCAUAUGUGAUUUCUAUAUCGGGGUACGUGUGACCUGAUGUUGGUAUAGCUGCCUGUGCGGUAAACGUCCCCGUUGCAACAUAAUCCAUUAUAAAUGUAGACAUAUCUUUGAUUCUAAAGACAAUAAACAGUCCAGAACAUAAGAUAUCAGAAAUGUACUAAUUUUGUGAUUGUUUUAUGGCUGUCAUUUUUUAUUUCCGUAUUUUUAGUAACUUAUUAGACGUUAAUUAUGCUGUAUUUUUUGUACAUACGAGAUCUUUCGAGUUAUAUUUAGGUGAAUACAUCGUCAUUAUCAAAUAAAUACUGAAGUCAAUCUA